UUUAUCAUUGGAUUUAUGGAAGCUGAUGAAGCCUACAACGGAAAGCAUUCAGAACUUCCACUGAAAUUAUUCAUUACAACUGCCUCACCAAUCCCUGUGAAUGUUUCAGUAUCCGCUCCAAUGGUAACCAAUCUUUAUCAUGGUGAUCAGUUUACCAUAACAAAGGGAAUUGUCCGGGAGAUAUCGCUUCCAGAGUCUCUUAGAUCCCAAGAAACCGAACGGUCAGAGAAAGGGAUUCGCAUUGUUUCGUCCAAGGAAAUCGUUGUUUUUGGUUUAAACCAAGCAUUUCUGUCAACUGAUGGUUUUCUUGGAAUACCUUUGGAUGUAUUAGGUACUAAAUAUCUCGUACCAUCCUAUCUUUCAACUUCAAACAAUUUUUAUCAGUCGGCAAUUCUCAUAAUAGGAACAGUAGAUAAAUCCAUGUUAUAUAUUAGGCUACCACCAUCAAGUGGAGUAAACAUUCGCCUGGACGGGAAGAGUUACCACAGCGGAGAUUGGAUAAAUACUACAAUAAACAAAUUUGAAACAUUACAGCUUCGUUGCCGCGCUGAUUUAACAGGUACCUUUGUUCUAGCUUCUCAAAAAGUAUCCAUUUUUGGAGGAACUACUGUUACAAGUAUCGGAGGCGGAAGGUCAAGGGAUCAUAUUGAAGAACAAAUACCACCAGUAAAGGCAUGGGGGAAAAGGUUUGCUAUAAGUAAAUUUCCUGACACUAAUCCAAACGUCCUUCGAUUUUUGGCAAGUGAGGACAACACUGCGAUUGUCAUAAAUGAUAAACAAUCUAUUCAUCUUAAGUGUGGAGAAUUUUAUGAGACACGUGUGAAUAGUUUCUCCUACGUAUCUUCAAAUAAACCAAUUUUAUCGGUGCAGUAUAUUCCCAGUGGAACAUGUUCUCAUGAUAUUACAGAUGAUUGUCAUAAAGGAGACCCAGCUAUGACCUUGAUACCCCCAAUAGAACAGCGUAACAUAUUUUACUCAUUCGCAACACCAACUUCCUCUCAAAAUAAAAACUUCACCAACAUAUUCAUGUUUGUUAUUGAAGAUUCGUAUGAGAAUGACAUGCUACUAGACAACAAAGCUCUUGGAAUGAGUAAGAUUAAGAAUAUCGUGAAUGGUUAUAAUCUUACUACUGGUUACAUAGAAAUUCCACCUGGCAGUCACACGAUAGAACAUUCUUCAGGAAUUGUACCAUUUGGAGGAAUACUAUAUGGUGGCAUUCAAUACGAAUCAUAUGCCUUCCCAGUUGGUCAAAGGUUUACCACAAUAAAUGAGGAGUGUCGUCCUCAAUCGAUGGAUGUUGGAGAUGGCGUGGAUAAUGACUGUGACGGACGAGUGGAUGAGGAGAUCUGUAACGACUUUAAAGAUAAUGAUGGAGAUGGACGAAGGGAUGAAGAUUGUUUAACAGAACUUAGUACAACUGCCACCACGACAACAUCCACAACAACAACACGCCCCACAACAAAAACAACAGAUACCAAAGUACCGACCACGAAAACCGCAACAUCAAGAGAAAUGAAAACAACAACAGGUAGAAAAACGACACUGACAACUACAACACCAAACACAACCCGAACUACAAGAGCAACAAGAAUAACAACAUCACACACCAAAACAUCACCAACUUCAACUCCCUCAACUCAAACUACUCUCUCGUUGGCGACAACAAAACCGACGACAACAACCAAACAGACAACUGUCACUCCAACAAGUCAUACGGGAAAUUCACAAGUGGAUGGUGAUCCCCUGCGACCACAUUGGCUUACUUACACAGAGUACGGAAUCAUUGGCUGUGUUUCCCUAGUUUCCAUUGGGGUUUUGGGAAUGUGCUGUAAGAAAUGCUUUGGCCUACUCGCAAAACGUGACGAUGAUGACGAUGAAGAGGAUUACAGACGAAGAAUGUACAAUAAAACCAGGAAGGUGUUAGGAGCUCCUAGUAUCAGGCCGAUGUACAUGUAG